AAGAGCUACAGCUUAGAUAACAGGUAAAGAGAGAGAGAGAGGGAGAAAGAGAGAGAGAGAGAGAGAGAGAGAGAGAGGAGAGAGGGAGGGAGGGCUAGUGAGAGGGAGUGUGAGAGAGAAAGAGAGAGCGAGUGUGAAAAGGCGAGAGAGAGCCAGUGAGAGAAAGAAAGAGAGCGAGAGAAACUAACGUGAAGGAGCGCGUAGAGAAAGGCUAGCAUGGGGAAAGGUGGCGAACAAGGAGAAGAAGAGGGAGAAUGCGAGAAAAAACGGACCCAUUACACGUGGGAAGAGAUCCAGAAGCACAAUAGCAGGACGGACAAGUGGCUAGUGAUUGAUAGGAAGGUAUACAACAUCACCAACUGGGCUCUAAAACACCCGGGAGGGAUACGGGUUAUCAGUCACUAUGCCGGAGAGGAUGCCACGGAUGCAUUCCGGGCUUUCCAUCCAGACCUGACCUUUGUCUGUAAGUUUCUGAAGCCUCUCCUUAUUGGCGAGUUAAUUCCAGGGGAGCCCAGCCAGGAUCGCCAGAAAAAGCGUGAGUUGAUUGACGAUUUUCGGGCACUACGGAAGACGGCCGAGGAUAUGAAACUGUUUAACACAGACCUAGUGUUUUUCUUCCUCUACCUUGCCCACCUCUUUCUCUUGGAGGUUUUGGCCUGGUUUACUUUGUCGUAUUUUGGGACUGGCUGGAUUCCAACUCUCAUUGCUGCUUUAAUCCUGGCAACCUCACAGGCUCAAUCAGGCUGGCUUCAACAUGACUUUGGACAUCUGUCUGUAUUCCGGAAAACAAAAUGGAAUCACGUGCUACACAAAUUCUUGAUAGGUCACAUGAAGGGAGCAUCUGGAAACUGGUGGAAUCAUCGGCACUUCCAGCACCACGCUAAGCCCAACAUCUUUAAUAAGGACCCUGAUGUGAACAUGCUGAAAGUGUUUGUGCUGGGCAACACUCAACCCGUGGAGUUUGGAAAAAAGAAAAUCAAGUAUUUGCCCUACAACCAUCAGCAUGAGUACUUCUUCCUCAUUGGCCCACCCCUACUAAUUCCAGUAUAUUUCUACAUUCAAAUAAUGAUGACGAUGAUUACGCGACGUGAUUGGGUGGACCUUGCCUGGGCAACAACAUACUACAUCCGCUAUUUCAACACCUACAUCCCUUUCUAUGGGUUUUUUGGUUCCAUCGUCUUUGUUCUUUUUGUUAGAUUCAUUGAAAGCCAUUGGUUUGUGUGGGUGACGCAGAUGAAUCAUAUUCCAAUGGAGAUCGAUAAUGAAAAGCACAAGGACUGGCUCACCAUGCAGUUGGACUCCACGUGUAAUAUUGAACAAUCCCUAUUCAACGACUGGUUCAGUGGCCACCUCAACUUCCAGAUCGAGCACCAUCUUUUCCCCACGAUGCCUCGUCAUAACUACUACAAGAUUGCACCUUUAGUGAAAUCAUUGUGUGACAAACAUGGACUGAACUACCAAGUGAAGCCCUUGUCACAGGGCUUCAAGGAUAUUAUAGGGUCCUUGAAGAAGUCUGGUGAUCUAUGGUUAGACGCUUACCUCCACAAAUGAGGCUGCUCCAAGAGUUCUUGCUUCCCUCUCUUCUCAUCUUUCUUUGAAUUCCAAUACAGCUUUGGAAUCCCAGUUUCCUUUCAGAGUCUGUGUGCACCUCAGCGUGACUUGAUGACAGAUCCAAUUGUCAAUUGAAAGCUGGUGAAGAGCAUCUUGAAUCAAAUUGCUCUUUUCCCCUUCACUCUUGCCAACUCCAACACAGGCCUUGGCAGACAUCUGAUGUCAAUGGAGUGGACUCCAUUUUAAUUAGAUAUGAGACAAAGACCUCAGCUUGAUUGUGUUCAUAGACCGUUCUCAGUGUUGUGACACCAUUGUUGUGUUCUGCUAAACAGUUAUAAUAAUAGCUGUGUGAACAUUUAACUUUUAGUCAAGAUAUGGCUGAUGUGGUUUGCUGCAGCCAUUACUGUUUAUUGGGGUGGGAGGUGUUUAUCAAGGAAGAAAGGCAUUGAGAGUAUUUAAACCAAUCAUUCCACCUGUCCCCUACCUAAUUGCAGUAGGUAGAUUUUUGAACUAUAAAGGAGCCAUUGUUUAUGGGGAACAGGCAGGAAAUACAGCUCAGAUCAGCAGUGAGCUUACUGAAUGGUGGAGCAGACCCCAGGGACUGUCAGGCCUGCUUCUGCUCCUAUUUCUUUUGUUUUUAACCCUGGUUUUGUCCUUAAGUUACUCUACUAACUCAAUUGAGUAAACUAGACUUAAAAUAAUGCAGACACCCUGAUCAAAGGAAACAUUUAAAAAACUGUUUCCUUCAGUUUCAUUAAUGUGGCAGCAGUGGGGAAAAAAAGUCACUUGGGCUGGGCUGAAUGCAACUCCUCCCAUGCCACCCCCCCACCCCUACACUCCAUCACCCCCCUCCCACGCAGAGUAGAGCCAUGCAGAUAAGGCUGAAUCCACAUUCAAAACCACAGCUUACAAAUCUCUGCCAACUGGCACUCAGAUACUGUCGUCACACCAAUACGAACCACAGCACGGUGAUUAGAACCUAGGGUGAUAUGGCACUGGGGAGUCUUAAUCCUGGACUAGGGGAAAUGCUGGACAAUGUGUUAUCCCUGUUACCAAGUGUGAUAAUGCCUCAAAGAACUUGGUGACGGAACAUGGUAGUGAAGUGGUUAGCACAACACCAUCAUGGCUAGGGGUCGUCGGAGUUCAGUUCCGGUGUCCAGCAGAAAGAGUUUGCAUCUCUGCCCAUGGAAUGCCUGGGGCUCUUCCGGGUGUCCCCGUUUCCUCCCACAGUCCAAAGACAUACUGUUAGUAGGCUCAUUGGUCACUGUAAAUUGUCCCAUGAUUAGGUUAUGGUUAAAUCAGUGGGUUACUGGCAGUGCAGCUCAAAGGGCUGGAAGAACCCGUUCCACACUGUGUCCCUAAAUAAAAAUUAGAACAAUCUAGCGAGGCACCUUAGCAAGACACUAAAGGUGCCCCCAUGCUGCUUGUCCCCCCCAACACAGCAGCAGAGGAGUUUAACUUUCAGUACUUGUAAAUGCAACUAAGAAAUUAGCUUCAGUAAUGGCAAUCAUGAAACCACAAGAGUGUCAUGAAAAUCUAUCUGGUUCCUUAUUACACUUCAGGAAUUGAAACCUACAAUCUUAUCUAGUUCAACUUGUAUCUGACUCAACAUCUAUCCAUAUACAUUAACUGACCUCAUUUCAGGGGCAAAGCAGGGUGAAAGUUUUCCUCUUCUGUGACCUCCAUCUGCCUUGAACGAGGCAGGGAAUUAACUUGUGGCUACUCCUAAUCCAUGUUCCCAAUCUUCACCUGCCGCCAUUGCCAACACACCUUCCUGCCACCUACCUCAUCCCACAUACACCAGCAAAACCUCAGAGGCAGCGGACUUUAAAAAAAAUAUGUACGCAUUCGGUGAUUCCGAAAUUGAAUAAAAUCAAGUUCUGGGAAAACAAAAAAAAUAAUAAACAUUCUCAGAAAUAGACCUGAGGAAUGAUUGGUUCUGUAGUAGUUUAGAAGUGACCUGCUUAAAAAAAAAGUUUCUAUGUUGUUUUGGAGCAGAUUGUACACAAGAUAAUGAUCCAAGCCAGCAUUGACUCUUUUGCUGAGCACCAUUUCUGCCUACUGUAACCAUGAACAGCAGGUUCCCCAUUUCAUUGUUUGCCAUUCAUCUGUCAUCCUCUGAAACAAAGGUUCCCUUUACUCAUGUCUCUGUUCACAGUCUGUACAAAACAGGAGCACGAUGACAUUGUUGUUUUUAAUAAAAUGACUAAUUCUA